AUGACAAUUUCAGAAAGUCUCUCCGGUGGGUGGUCGCUCUAUUAUUGGUCCUUCCGCUGCUGGGAAAGGCUGCUGCUGCCCACAGUAGGCCCCAGUGGGCACAAAGUGCGAGCUCUCGCAAAACAGCGACACCCACUGCUGGACAUCACAGUUGCAGCCUUACGCUCCUCGAAAAUAAAGCGAAGGGAAAAACGCCAGGGAGGGGAAAGCCGAACUCCCAAGGGGCUCGCGAACCUUCUCCCGUUCAUCGCCACGAACCUCAGGCUGCGGUCUCAACCUUGGGCCCCUGGGCUGUCCCCAAGGGCCGUGGUCAUUCAGCAGGGAGACACUGACGAAGGAAGGAAGGGUCUCACGGUGACACCGCCCCCUCGCCUCGUGUGCCCCGCUGCCUCCCCUGGCCGCAGCGACACAGACGGGGGGACGAGCGGGAGGCGCGGGAUCACGGCCGUGCUGUCUCCGCAGCCGCAGCGUUGGAGCGUGAGGAUGCUCCGCGCUAGAGAGGAGCUACCGGCGGGACUGCAGUUCGCCAGCCCCGGCCAGAAUGUCCUGCAGCGGGAGAGAGGGGUGCGCGGACGUGACUGUGACACUCGGGAAAAGAGAGACAUAAGUUGGAUAAGCAACAAGAUGGAAAGACAAGGGAAGUCAGGAGGAGUUUGUCAGGCUUGCAAAGGAAGAAGCAGGGACAUACCUGCACGCCACACUAUGAAGGAGCAGAAGCAAAACUCAUGCCUGGACAUCUGUAACAGACAAGGCUUCUUAGUUUAGACAAAUGGCCAGCAGGGAUAAGAGCAACAUGAAGAAACAUCUUCAAGUGACAGAGAAGAAGCUGGUAUGUACCCUAAUUGAACAGUCUGUUGCUGACCUGUCUGCUGCGGGUCCAUUUGUCAUGGGCAGACUUACAGCAAAGAACAGUGUUUGAAUGGACUCAGUGACAUUUUGGCUCUACUUGAGGUCAGUGGCCAAAAUGCUACAAGGCUCAAAAAGGUUAAUUCUCACCUUCAACCUGUAAACCAUUUAUAAAUCAUUUAUUAAAUACAACUCUUUAAAUUGUUGGACUGCUUAGUGUUUUCA